AGUAUUAUGAUGCCGAAAUGCCGAAUUGGUGAUCUCCGGUUUCCGAUUUCCGGAGACUGAAGUCAAAUACUAUAAUAGUAUUUGUUAUAGUACAGAAAUUGAGAAAUAUCUGUAUUUCUGCAUUUCUGACAAAGUCUUGAGUGUUGAGACUUCUAAGUGAUUUCUGCAUCUACAUCUUCUGUAUUGUUUUACAUAUAUUUUAUGUUUAAAACCUUAUUCAGUAAUACAUAUUUGCUACUUGUUAGUUUUUAGCAAAUAAUGGCAGCAGAUAACUAUCGAUUCGCAGAAGGUGAUAGUUUACUAUGUUAUCAUGGACCUAUGCUGUAUGAAGCAAAAUGCUUAAAAAGAAGGAAGGCAAAUGAUGGUAAAGCACAAUAUUUUAUUCAUUACAAGGGCUGGAACAGUAAAUGGGAAGAAUGGGUAGAUGACAAUCGAGUAUUGUCUGUUAAUACUGCCAACAUGAACAAAAUGGCAUCAUUAAAAGAAAUACAUUCAAACACAAAAAAGAGUGGGGCAAAACGUUCUAUCACUAUAGUUAAAGAAGAAACAAUACGAAAUGUUGUAACGCCUCCAAUAAAAGGAAAAAAACGGAAAUAUUCAGAAAUUUCAUCAGAAUUAAAUCAAAUAGUAAAUGUUUCAUCACCAACUGAACCAAAACCAAAAAAACGAGGCCGUCCUCCAAAAAUUAUAACUCCUAAAAUUGAAGAAACUGAACCAACAAAAUCAGUUGAUACAACUAUAGUAAAUGAAACAGAGUUAGCUGAAUCAAUUGAAGAAAAUAAAGUGAUUGACAAAGCAACUAAAGAAGAAGACACUGCUAAAAAAGAAAACACUCCUAAAAAAUAUAAUACUCCUAAAAAAGAAAACGCUCUUAAAAAAUAUGAUACUCUUAAAAAAGAAGACACUAUUAACAAAGAUGUCACUCCUAAAAAAGAUGCUCCUAAAAAAGAUGCCAAUCCUAAUAAAGAAGACGCUCCUAAAAAAGAAGACUCGCCUAAAAAAGAAGACAUACCUAAAAAAAAAGACACUCCUAAAAAAGAAGACACUCUUAAAAAAGAAGACACUCUUAAAAUAGAAGACACUCCUAAAACAGAAGACACACCUAAAACAGAAGACACACCUAAAAAAGAAGACACUCCUAAAAAAGAAGACACACCUAAAAAGGAAGACACUCCUAAAAAAGAACACAUACCUAACAACGAAGUCACUCCUAAAAAUGAAGACACUCCUAAAAAGGUUGGAAUAAGUAAAACAAUAGACGAAGAAACUGAUGAAGUUUUAGAUUCUAAAAAAGUGGAAGUAAAUAAAACUAUUGAAACUACUAAAGAAGAGGAAGAAACAACUAAAACACCUGAUGAAGAAAUUAAAGUAUAUGAAGAACUUGAAAAAACUUCUGAAGAACUUGAAAAAACUAAAGAUUUUGAACCAUGUGAGGGUUUAAACAUUGAAGGGACCGAAACAAUUAAAGAAGAUGAAAGAUCUGAAACAGUUGAAAGAACUGAAGACGUUGAGGAAACUGAAACUGAAAAUGUUGAAAGGGUUGAAUCGAUUAAAGAGUUUGAAGCUGAGGUGUUUGAAGGUGAAGAGCUUGAAGGCGAAGAGCUUGAAGGUGAAGUGUUUGAAGAUGAAGAGCUUGAAGGUGAAGAGCUUGAAGGUGAAGAGCUUGAAGGUGAAGAGCUUGAAGGUGAAGAGCUUGAAAGUGAAGAGCUUGAAGGUGAAGAGCUUGAAGGGGAAGAGCUGGAUGAACAUUAUGGAACUGAAGAAUUUGAAGAAGAAGAAUCUACAGAUGAUGAGAGAUUUUCAGAUGAAGAAUCUAAUAAUGAAGCUAAAGAAGUUGUGAGAAAGGUUACUGAAACUUAUAUGAUGAUUAUUAAAGAAAAAGAAAUUGAAGAAGCUAAAAGAAAAGAAGAAACAGAUGAUACAUUUACUGUUCCAGCUCCAGUAGUAAAAAUAAUACCUAAAAUUAUCAUACCAGACAUCAUAAGACGAAGAAUUGCUUUUGAUUAUCAAAUGGUUGUGAACAGGAAUCAAACAUUAAAAUUUUCAAAAACACUCACUAUCAAUUGUUUGAUCGAAGAUUUUAAAAAUUCAGACCCUGAAUCUGAUGAAAAUGAAGCCAUUGGUCUAACGAUCAUACAGUAUUUUGAUGCUCUUAUACAUGCACGAUUAUUGUAUACACCAGAAAAAAAGAUUAAAAUACGCAAAAAGGCAAAGAAACUUUUGAAAGCCGUUUUGUAUGAUGGUGAAGUCUUGAAUUGUAGUAAUAACUUAUAUCCUCGAAAAUUAUGGCAUUUGGUGUAUGGACCUUCAUAUCUAAUACGAUUAUUUGUUUUACUUCCUGAAAUUGUGGCAUCGUAUACUUAUUUAGAAGCGGAUACGGCUAAACUUAUUGAAAAGUUUGAAUGUUUUAUGAAGAACAAGGACAGAACGAAUUCCUUUUUUUAAAAAAAGAACGAGGAACAGAAUGAAUUCCUUUUUAUAAGGGACUUUCCAAACACUGUCUAUUGCCAAUGUGAGAAGUAAACCAUGUGUCGACCAAAACAUACCCAUGUUGACACAUUCCAUAUCCAAUCAACAUACCUACAUGGCAUCAUGUUGCUAUCCGUCUAGAUGUGCCAUGUGCGAAACGGUUUACUUCUUUAAUGCUCCCAAUACAGUAGAUAUUUUAACUUGUAAUUUUUCAAAACUAACUGUACCUAUGCAUAUCAAUUUGAAUAAAAAAAAAUUAGAAAGUAAUGAGCUACUU